CCGCUUCUGGGUUCGGGGGCGGGGCUUUCCGCCAACCUGCUCCGCUCCAACAUGGCUCCGCGGCUGUGCAGCAUCUCUGCAGCGUCUCGGCGGCUGCUCGGGGGCCCCGGACCCCGCAACACGGAUGCUGCAGCUGCAUCUGCGGCGCGCUUCUAUUCCAAGGACAAUGAAGGCAGCUGGUUCCGCUCUCUCUUUGUGCACAAGGUGGAUCCCCGGAAGGACGCCCACUCCACCUUGCUGUCCAAGAAGGAGACCAGCAACCUCUACAAAAUCCAGUUUCACAAUGUGAAGCCCGAGUGUCUGGAUGCCUACAACAGCCUAACGGAGGCUGUGCUGCCUAAGCUGCACCUGGAUGAGGACUACCCUUGCUCACUCGUGGGCAACUGGAACACGUGGUAUGGGGAGCAGGACCAGGCAGUACACCUGUGGCGAUUCUCGGGUGGCUACCCAGCCCUCAUGGACUGCAUGAACAAGCUCAAAAACAACAAGGAGUAUCUGGAGUUCCGAAAGGAGCGUAGCCAGAUGUUGCUGUCCAGGAGAAACCAGAUGCUCCUCGAGUUCAGCUUCUGGAAUGAACCGCAGCCCAGAGCAGGUCCCAACAUCUAUGAGCUGAGAACAUACAAGCUUAAGCCAGGAACCAUGAUCGAGUGGGGGAACAACUGGGCUCGGGCCAUCAAGUACCGGCAGGAGAACCAGGAGGCGGUGGGCGGCUUCUUCUCCCAGAUCGGAGAGCUCUACGUCGUGCACCAUCUCUGGGCCUAUAAAGACCUGCAGUCCCGGGAAGAGACUAGAAAUGCUGCUUGGAGGAAGAGGGGUUGGGACCAAAAUGUCUACUACACAGUCCCCCUGGUACGACACAUGGAGUCUCGGAUCAUGAUCCCUUUGAAGAUCUCACCUCUUCAGUGAUAUUGCUGCUGCCUCCACCUCAUUCCCCUUCUCCCUCAGGGCAGCCACGGACAGAGGAGCUCCCAGUUGUGCUGUCUUGGUUCUCUCUCAGAUCUCGGAGGACUCUGGGGGCUAGUGCUCAGCUCAGACAGUGGGGGGCUGAAGGAUGACAGGGUUCUGAGAACUUCUAGCUCUGCCUGGAGACUUCCCACCUUCCCCACCCACUCCUUCCCCUGUGCUGGAAGCAGUCUGUAAUUUCUCUGAAUGAAGAACAGCAACCUUUUAUGUCUUCCCCUGAAGAUUCCUCAUCUCAAGUCCACCAGUCCCCAACUAUCACCAUGGAAAACCUCAGUUUAGCUUUAGUUGCUCGAAACAUUGUAUGUGUAGUGGUUAGAGGUGGGGUGGGAAGGGAAGAGGUGCAACCAGACCAGACUCUCAGGAAUUCCCUGGUCUCUACUGGGCCACCCACUUGGCUGAACAGUCUGAACCAAAUCCCUCCUGCAGGGGAAAAGCCUAGAAUUGCCACAAGAAAUAAAGGAAAACCCUAGAUUAGCAAAGUCAGCAGUAGGUCCACCUAAUUCACCUAGAAAAGCUGGGAAAAGGGAGCUGGAAAGGUUCUGGGGGUCAGGACCCCUGAAGGUAGAACAUAGAAUUCAGAACUUGGGUUUGAACUGCAGAACUUGGAAUACAGAAUGGGAAAGAGAACAGACGUGACAGAAGACCACUUGGGAGGGGUUCCUAAUACAAGACACUUGGAAAGAGGCUCAUCUGUUUUCCUUCUGCAAAACAAAUGUGUAGUUCCAGCCCUUCUGUGCAGGGAGUCUCCUGCCCUCCCUUUCCCUUCCUGUAGGCAAAGAUAUGGGCCUGAGCCUGUAUUUCCCUCACCCUGCAUCCCUUUUUCUCCCUCUUCACAUUCGAUCAGCCCAACCCUCAUUCUCCGGGGCCACUCGAAAUGUGGAGUGGGGUCAGUGACUUUGAGGGCCUCCUCAGUGACCCCCACACUUAGAUCUUCUGGGUAGAUUUAUUUUGCCUCCCUUUCAGGAAAACUUGUGCUGGAGUUGCUGAUGGUACCAAUUAAAUGUUUACUAUAAA